CGACAGCGACACCGCCCGGCCGCCUGACGCAGGAUCCAGCCGGGAGCGCGGUUGCCCGGUAACGCGGUUGGACGCGCUGUGCGAUCGGGCCGGUAGGAGCGAAGCGGUGAGAAUGGAGUCUCAAUACCUGAGGAGAUGUCUGGGAAGCUGCUUGAAAAAGGGUCUGGCGGAGGUUGUGGAGCGUCGGCCCGCUGACCCAAUAGAGUACCUGGCACACUGGAUCUACAACUACAAGAAAACACUAGAAGAAGAAAAGAAGAGAACGUUGGAAAGGGCCAAACUGGAAAAAGAACGGCAGGCAGCCCUGGAAGAACUUGAAAUGUUAAGAAAAAUGAAGGAAGAAGAGCUACUGAUACAACAGAAACUUGAAGAACAACGGCAGGAACAAGAACGUGAGAAGAUGGAACAGCAGAAUAAAGAAGAGAACAUGCAGGAGCAGCAGAAAGAUCCAGAGGAAGAUGAGAAGACAAUAGCUGAACUUACAGAUAGAGCAGGAGCACCUAAUUUGCCCACAGUUGAGGAAGUAGAUGAGAGUGGAGUGUCUGAGGUAAGUGUUUGGAAAGAAAAAGGUUACAUGGAAUUAAUGCUCAAACAUUUUCUUGCUGACAAAUGGAAGACUAAGACUGUUCUAGUUAACCCUAUACCGGUUCUUUACUACAAUCUGAAGGGAUAUUAUUUGGGCCACAGUCUUCAUGCUGUCCUUAGGCUGUACAUUCUGAAAGGCUGCUUAUGUGGUGCUGAGUGAAUAAAGUGCCAAAGAUUUAAAAUGCCCCUUUAUAGUCAUGUGUGUUAUGAAUGGAUGUAUUAAUAUUCUCAGACAAGAAGCAGCCUUCCUUCGCCUUUUGAGCAGGUGUCAAACAGGACACAGACUCAAUCACAAACACUGUCUUGCUUCUGAAUGAAAUGACUUACAUUAUUCUGAUUGGUCUGAAGUACAUUGUUCAUGCAGCAGAACGCAGAGAUAUCUGAACAAUUAUUUAAUGUAAAAGACCAGGUACCAAGCGCACAGUGCUCAGUGCAGCAAAGACCUGCUAAGAAUCAGGUUAUCCAAACCCUGUGCCAGCAUGACAGUACUUAUUCCAAAACUACAACUAUCAAUCUAAAUUGUGAUAUGCAGCCAUCUUCUACACCCCUAUUUUUUUAUUCACUUUGUGCUUGACAAUCCUAGUACAUGAGAGGGUAUAAAUCAACUGUCAUUGACUGUAAAGCAUGGCAGUACAUUAAACAGAUGAUGCUGCUUUAUGCACAUCACUGGAGAUAAAUAUCAGUGUGUUUAGCUUUUUUCAGCUAUGAUAUUCUAGGUAGUGUGACUUGGAAUUUGGCUGGACUGGUUUUAGUACUGAAGCUGAGCCCUUUUUCCUUUGUUAGCCUCAGUCAUUUGCUCACUUGUUUUCUGAUACUGGUAGUAUAAUCCCAGCUCAGAACUGAAAUUUGUGGUAUUAGCACACUUUUGCUUUAGUAACAACCUGUUUUAUAAAAGCCCUGCAAAUACAUUUGUGAAUGUAUUUAUGACUAGGGCAAAGUUUCCUCAAUUAUUUGGAUUUUGCCAAGUGGUAAAUGUGACAGGAUCUCAAGGCCUUGCUUAGUCCUGUUUUUUAUUAUCAUUUUCUGGCAACCGAGUAUUAAAAGCCAUAUAUGAGGCUCUGGGUGUAUUUUACACAUCCUUAAUGAAAUGAAUUGCAAAACCA